AUGUCGAAGGUUAAAAAGUCUAGCUUGGGUCGUCAAAAGAUCCCAAUAGAGAAAAUACCUAAGAAGAGUCAUUUGCAAGUUACCUUCUCCAAACGUCGUUCGGGACUGUUCAAGAAAGCUAGUGAACUUUGCACCCUCUGUGGGGUGGAGAUCGCGAUUGUGGUCUUCUCUCCCGCGGACAAGGCCUUCUCUUUUGGCCAUCCAGAAGUUGAGUCCCUCAUCGAUCGCUACACCACGCGGAACCCUCCGCAAGAGUCCACUGCGCACCACCUCGUCGAGGCUCAUCGGAAUGCGAAUGUUCGUGAUCUCAACAUGCAACUCACCCAGGUUUUUAACCUUUUGGAGAUCGAAAAGAAACGAGGGGAUGAUCUGGAUCAUGCCAGAAAAGCCAGGCAGAGGCAAUUUUGGUGGGAGGGCCCUGUUGAAGACCUUGGCUUGCCUGAGCUUUUCCAGUUAAAGGCCUCCAUUGAAGAGCUCAAGAAGAACAUAGAAAAACAUGCUAGCAAAUUCAUGAUUGAGCACUCUACUGCUAUAUCUUCUUCUUCUUCCUCCUCCUCAAUUCUUGGACCUAAUAAUGGCUUUGGUGCACUUGCACGGUACGACGCCUUUGAUAACAAACCUGAUGUUGGGAUUGGUAUUGCUUCUUCACUUCCUGAUGCCCAAUAUCUCGCAUUUCGAACUGGGUAUCUUUGA